AUGGAUCUCGUCGCAGGGAUUCGAAAAGAAGGCAGCCGCGGAGGUCGCGACUCCUUCAAAUGGUCGGAUGUCAAAGAAUCCUCGCAUCGAGAGAACUACUUGGGCCAUUCGCUGAUGGCACCAGUCGGUCGGUGGCAACAAGGUCGCGACCUGAACUGGUAUGCGAAGAACAAAGACGGCGACUCGCAGCAGCACGAACGCAACGAAGAGCUUCGCCGCAUCAAGGAGGCUGAGCAGGAUGCAAUGGCACGCGCUCUCGGACUACCCGUUGCGCCUCGUUCUUCCAAUGCAAAUAUGACUCCAUUGGGUGGGAAUGAAGUGCGAAAGGCUAUACAAGAAUCUACAGAUGCAGACGACAAAGAUGAAGCUGGUCGCGGAAUAGGGUUUGGUUCAUAUGGAGGACUUGCUAUGGAUGACGCGGAGGGUGACACUUUAGCGGCCAUCGGGAUAGAUUCUCAACCUCGGUCUCGAGAGCAGGAGGAAGGACGAAGCUUUCGAGAGAUCGAGGUACUAGGCACAGGAAAGACAGAGAUGCAUACAACCCAGAUCGGUCGGAGCACCGCUAUCGUCAUCAUCGAGAGCAUAGAGAACACAGGCGCCAUCGCUCGCCCACAAUAUCAAGAUCCAGAUCCCCGAAACGAGAUCAUCGACACCGUCACCGCGAGGAAAAUAGAGAUCGAACACAAACUUCAGAUACCCGUCGAGAACAUGGUCGACAUGAACGUCGCCGUUCAUAUUCUCCACGUCCUGAUCGUCCUGAUCGCGGUAUUGAGAAGGAUGGCAAACACUCUAAUCACCACACUCCGGUUGACCGUCUCCACGAAAGCCGUAGAGGCAGGGAUUUUGACAGAAGUCAUCGGGAUCAUCGUAGAUCUUGCACUUCUGGACAUUUGA